AUGAACUCCACAGAAGAUACUGAGCCAGAGAACACCAACAAACCUUCCAGCAGUGCCAGAACUCUUGCUUUGACUGUGUGCUCUGCUGCUAUCGGAGGCACCUUCCAGUAUGGGUACAAUAUCUCAGUCAUUAACGCUCCCACCAGUUACAUCCAGAAUUUCAUUAAUGAUACCUAUAUGGAGCGUUGGGGCAAAGGUUUGGACACACCUCAGGUGACACUAGUAUGGACUAUUAUCGUCUCUGCCUUCUCACUAGGAGGUUUACUGGGGGCCCUCCUAGCAGGGCCAAUGGCAGUCCACUUUGGGAGGAAGAACUCAUUAAUUCUGAACAAUUCCUUUCUGUUUGUUGGCACUGUGUUAGUGUUAACAUGCAGGAAGGCGAAAUCAUUUGAGAUGAUCAUCCUCGCUCGAUUUCUAGUGGGGAUAAACGCAGGUGUAAGUAUGAAUGUCCAGCCUAUGUACUUUGGGGAAAGUGCCCCCAAACAUCUCCGUGGUGCUGUGGCAUUUUCCUCUGCUGUUUUCACUGCAUUUGGGAUUUUCUUAGGUCAGGUUGUGGGACUCACUGAGCUGUUGGGAACAGAGCCUCUCUGGCCCUACUUACUAGCUAGUAACUCUUUGCCAGGGUUAAUCCAGCUGCUUACCCUACCCUGGUUCCCUGAAAGCCCCAGAUACCUUCUCAUUGACCGGGGAGACAGGGAGGCAUGUGUCCGGGCACUUAGGAGACUCCGUGGCGGGACAGCUCCUGUCUUGGAGAUGGAGGAGAUGCUUCAGGAGCAGCAGCAAGUAUCCACUGACUUAAAUUCUGGGUGUGCAGUUGCCAAGACGCCGUGGUCUCUUUUUAAGGAUCCUGACCUGCGAACCCAGCUCAAAAUGGCUAUAACUGCUAGUAGUGCCAUGAUGCUCUGUGGCAAUGACUCUUUCUAUUUCUACGCUUAUUACAUCUUUCUUGAGGCAGGCAUCCCUCUUGAGAAAGUCCAGUACGCAACUAUCGGCACUGGGGCAGCUGAGCUAACUGCGUCUAUACUGAGUAACCUUCUGAUUGAACGAGUGGGCCGCAAGUAUCUUCUUGUUGGAGGAUACAGUCUCAUGUCUUGCUGGAUUAUAGUCUUAACUGUAGCUCUCACAUUUCAAAGACGUGGGGUGGCGGGGAUGUCCUAUCUCAGCAUGGUAUGUGUGUUUUGCAGCAUCCUUAGUUUUGGUUUGGGUCCUGCGGGCGUGACAGGGAUCUUGCCUGCUGAGAUCUUUGACCAGUCAGCCCGGCCAGCAGCAUACAUGAUUACCGGAUCAUUUAUGUGGAUCAGUCUGUUCGUUACGGGAAUGUUGUUUCCUUUCAUCGUCAACAACCUGGGGAAUUUUAGCUUCCUGCCAUUCUUGACUGUGUGUUUGGUGGCUGCUGUGAUUUUGGGGCUCACCUUACCAGAGACAAAAGGCAAGACACUCGCUGAGAUCACUGCAGAGUUUGAUAGAAAGAAUGGAAGGAAGAAGAAGAGGCAGGAGGAGCAGGUGGAUGAGCCCAUAAUGGAUCACUACCAGCUGGGCAAAAUCUGCUCCUUCACUAAUCUAACUGACCCUGGUCUUAAGAAUGGGGACUGAUAUUUGAUAUUGUCCAGUAAAAGUAGAAAUGACAGGCAGUGCCUUUGUGGUCACUUGAUUCACUUUCAGUGUUGUAAUCUAUUUAUGAAAUAUACUCUAAAUGUAAUGACAGAUAAUUCAAUUUAAUUAUUGUUGCAUGAGAGGACUUUGGGUUUGUAUUGGACUCUUAAGAUAUCGUGUUCAU